AUGCCCUGCAGUUCCCUUGAAUCAUAUUUAGAGCCACAAAUAUACAAUGUCGGCCGCGCGCAGGCUGCACGAGCUCGGUUGGCCCUCCUUCGAGCACAAGCUGCGCAAGUCCAGAGGGCCCAAUUUCAAGCGCAAGCCGCAGUCGCAGCAGCAGCAGCAGCACAGGCUCAAGUGGUUCAACUAGAUGCCCAUGGCCAAUCAACACAGGCGCCCCAGAUGGCACAACUCCAAGCUCUGGCUCAAGCUCAAGCUCAAGCCCAAGGUACACCGCAAAUUAUAUGCGCCCAUAUCCCAUUAGUUAGGGUACAGGGGACGGCACCACCGGUCCUAGUGCAGUCUGGAGUUCUAGUCAAAACCGACGAGCUAGGUUCGAGUCCUCAAUUCGUCGUUCGGGAAGGUGAAGAAUGGCCAACUCUACCCCCGGAACAAGAAGCCUUUCAAGACAAGCUAUGGAAGCGAAAAGAAAUUCGAUAUGGCGAAAUCGUUAGGAAAGUGUACGAGAAUGCGGGAGUGAGAGGACAUGGGAGACCGAAUACUUGUUCACUGUCUUGUCGCCAAAUCUACAGACUUCGGGACCAUUUCACAUUGGAUACCACGAGAAGUCUCUCUGAUCCAGAUGCUCCUGGGUUUGGGUGGAUCAGCGGUAUAGCCCACAGGACGGUCAGCACAAAAUCGCAGGUACCAGAAAAUGUUCAUGAACGAAGCUGGGCUGGGAGACUCGGAGCUCAAAGAGCCCGUCUAGCUAAGUCACCAGACUCAGAACCCGAACGACCAAGGGACCAGAGUAUUAUGUACCGCAUUCAGAACGUGAACUCCCCGGACCACAAAGGAUUAUCGAUUACGGAAUAUUCCAAGCCUUCAAGUCCCGGAAAUAAAGGUUCAGAAGAAACUGAAGGCACCCCGGGACCAAGUUCAAGGGCAGUGAAACGGAAAACUGUGACAUCGAUGCCAACAACGGUCACCUGUAAGCGUGUUCGCUUGAAGAAUGGAAAGAGGGGGAGGAGCAAGAGUGAGAAGUAG